UGGCUGACAAGUCUUCUUAGACUGAAUUAGGCUCCUUUUGCCUUCUCUUUCAGGACUUGUCCUAAUGAAGAAGCAUAUGGGAUCCUUAAAGUUAAAUGUCACUCCCCCUCCACUGGGACCUUGUGCUUGAGGCCUGCAUGUGACUCUUCUCCUGCGAUUCUGCUUUUCGUGUCUACUGACUUUGAUUACAGGAAAGGCUCUGACGAUUCGUAUCAAAUGACGUCAAUGGCCAGCCUGUUUUCUUUCACUAGUCCAGCCGUGAAGCGAUUAUUGGGCUGGAAACAAGGUGAUGAGGAAGAAAAAUGGGCAGAAAAGGCCGUGGAUGCUUUAGUGAAAAAGCUGAAGAAGAAGAAGGGCGCCAUGGAGGAGUUGGAGAAAGCCUUGAGCAGCCCAGGACAGCCAAGCAAGUGUGUCACUAUCCCCAGGUCCUUGGACGGCCGUUUGCAAGUCUCUCACAGGAAAGGCUUGCCCCACGUUAUAUAUUGCCGUGUUUGGCGCUGGCCGGAUUUGCAGAGCCAUCAUGAGCUAAAGCCUUUGGAUAUUUGUGAGUUUCCUUUUGGAUCGAAGCAAAAGGAAGUUUGUAUCAAUCCAUACCACUAUAAGAGAGUGGAGAGUCCAGUCUUACCUCCAGUGUUAGUGCCUCGUCACAAUGAAUUCAAUCCCCAGCACAGCCUUCUGGUUCAGUUCAGGAACCUGAGCCACAAUGAACCGCACAUGCCCCAGAAUGCCACGUUUCCUGAUUCCUUCCACCAGCCCAACAGCACUCCUUUCCCCUUAUCUCCUAACAGCCCCUAUCCUCCUUCCCCUGCUAGCAGCACAUAUCCCAACUCCCCUGCAAGCUCCGGACCAGGAAGUCCAUUUCAACUCCCAGCUGAUACCCCUCCCCCUGCCUAUAUGCCACCUGACGAUCAGAUGGGUCAGGAUAACUCCCAGCCUAUGGACACAAGCAACAACAUGAUUCCUCAGAUCAUGCCCAGCAUAUCCAGCAGAGAUGUUCAGCCUGUUGCCUACGAAGAGCCCAAACACUGGUGUUCGAUUGUGUACUAUGAACUGAACAACCGUGUCGGGGAAGCUUUCCAUGCGUCUUCCACCAGUGUCUUAGUAGACGGCUUUACAGACCCUGCCAAUAACAAGAGCCGCUUCUGCUUGGGGCUGCUGUCUAACGUUAAUCGCAACUCGACCAUCGAGAACACCAGGCGGCACAUUGGGAAAGGUGUCCAUCUGUACUACGUUGGUGGGGAGGUGUAUGCCGAGUGUCUUAGUGACAGCAGCAUCUUUGUUCAGAGUAGGAACUGCAACUUUCACCAUGGCUUCCACCCCACCACCGUCUGUAAGAUUCCCAGCAGCUGCAGCCUCAAAAUUUUUAACAAUCAGGAGUUUGCUCAGCUCCUGGCUCAGUCAGUCAACCAUGGGUUUGAGGCUGUGUAUGAGCUCACCAAGAUGUGUACCAUUCGAAUGAGUUUUGUCAAGGGCUGGGGAGCGGAGUACCACCGACAGGAUGUAACCAGUACUCCAUGCUGGAUUGAGAUUCACCUCCAUGGGCCUCUGCAGUGGCUGGAUAAAGUCCUCACCCAGAUGGGCUCUCCGCUGAACCCCAUUUCUUCUGUUUCAUAGUGCAGAAGUAUUCUUUUCAACUAUAUUUUUAGUGGACUUGUUUUAAUUUUAGAGGAAUUUCCAGCACAGAUACUGUGAGCUGACAUGGAAAAACAGAUAUUAUGGCUUAUUUUUUCUACGUAAUUGUGACCAACACAUUUGUAUUUUAUGAUAUUACAUUUGUUUGUAUUCGUGUUCAUUGUGAUUAACUUUCAAAAGUAUUGUAAACGACAUAGAGUGUUUUGCCCCUGUUGAAAAGUUCAGCAAUGAUCUUAAACUGGAGCGUGCUUCCUGUCCCAACAGUGUGUAACUUGUUAACUUUUACACAGUAGUGCCUCACAGAAUGGAGUCGUAUCCUUUAGAGAGCAUGUAUUGUGGGAAGGAGUAGACGACGUUGCUCUGGUAAUCUCUUUACCCUACCACCUUUGAAAAAGCAUAUGUUGUUUUACAAAAACUUAAAGUAGGGACUUACAGGAAACUAUUGAAUCUUAUUUGAAGGACACUGCAGUCCUAACAUGGUGUUCAAUGAAAGCAAGGUGGUAGAUUUCUGGACGUCAUACAUUUACAUUUAAUAUUGCUAAGUGUUCGUCAGUGUAAUGUGACUUCAUGCUAUAUAUCUUUUGUAAAACAUUUCCUUUUAAAAAAAUCUCCAGUAUUUGUCUUUA